AAAAUGCUAACGCAAGUUAAGUUACUUAUGUGCUCGUAGUCUCGUACAUUUGACAACAAAUAAAUUGCAAAUUUUAUUUAUUUAUUUUUUUAAGAAGACGCCCAAUAACAUUCUUCAUAUCAAAACACACUAUUAUUUGAGAACUAGCAGCUGAAAAUCAUUGGUAAAUCGCUUUUCCCAAUGAGAAAGUCAUUUAUUCAAAACUCCCUCAUUUCAUCCCCUGACGGACGAGCCGCUGUUAAGAUUCUUUGUAGAAUUUGUCUUUGUUUCACUUGUAAUCUCUUCUCGAUUGUUAGCUCAAACUCUAAAGAGGGUUGAUGAGGGUUGCAUAUUGUGUUACGAUCAGCAUGUGUUCGUGGAAAUGUCGCAAAAGAAAUCUAACCCAUUAAGGACCUCAAACCGAGCUUCCUCUUCCUUCGGUGCUUUGGCGUUGGAGUUUCAUUCUCUCAAUGAGCUCCGAUCAAUGAGUUGCAUUCUGGUUAUCGUGCAAAUUUCUUGUUCGUGGCUCGUGGGCAGGCGAUGAUUCCUAUCCAUCAGAUAUAUGGGAGAUCCCUGUAUAAUUGGUUUGGGAGAUCCUAACAUGGCUUCCGAUAAAAUCAAUGAUGAGAUUCAAGUUCCUCUUUUUUUUGAGCCAUUUCAACUGCCCACAGAAAGGUACCGUUUUUUCCUACUGGAGCUUGGAUGGCAACCAAAGUUUAUGUCGCACCGAAAGUGUGAAUGGCUUGGUAUGUUUUUAUGAUUUGUCUGUUUGAAAUGGUUAAGCAUAGAGUACACUUACUGCAGGCCUAAGAAUAUAUACAGAACUUUUUCCAAAUUUAUUUUCCAAGAAAGGAUGCAGGAAAGCUUGAUCAAGCAAUGAAGGAUUUCUAAUUUUCUAACAUUCAUUGGGAUGAUAACAAAUUUAUAGCAGCUUUCUAGUGCACAUAAAAAUCACUUGGUUGCUUGUGAAUUUGAGAGCAGGACACCAUCGACAAUUUUUUCAUAGAAAUUCUUGUAAGACGAUCCUUCAGGACUAGCUGCAGUCUCAGUCAAUUUCUUCCAUUUCAGGGCUGUUUCCUUCAACUUCUUCCCCUUUUCCCCAACCAUCAACUCCUUCACUAGUCUCUCAAUUUCAUCUCUGUUGACCUCAGCUAGUUCCAUCCCAAUCCCCCAUUUGUUGCAACAGAACCAGCAGUUUGUCGGUUGUUCAGCGAAAGCUGGCCAACAAAUCGUCGGCACGCCUGCGCCGAUACUUUCAAGGAUCGAGUUCCAUCCGCAAUGUGUCAAAAAUCCUCCGACCGAUGGAUGCCUUAAGAUCUUUUCUUGGGGACACCAAUUUGAUACUAAGCCUCUUUCUUUAGUUUCAGCUUCAAAUUCUGCUGGAAGAACCGUGGCAUCACCGAUCACGAGAUCAGGCCUAAGACACCAUAGGAAUCCAUGUUUGCUAUUUGCGAGUCCCCAAGCAAAUUCUAUCAGCUGCUGUGAAGUCAUCCGAGCUAUACUACCAAAAUUCACAUAAACUACUGAGUUGGGUUCUUUGCUAUCUAGCCAUUCCAGACAACCAGAUUCUUCUUUCCACAGAUUCAAUCGAAUUGAUUUCAGUUCUUCAGGUUCUGGGCUUUGCCUUUCCAGCAAAUGAAGUGGACCGAUAGGGUAAAUCGGCGGAAACAGGGGAGCAAGCGCUUCUAAAACCUCCUUCUCUAAGACAUCAAUGGUGUUUAAGAUUAUUGCAGAUGCCCUCUUUGAAUUAGCAGCUUCGUUGAUUGCAAAAUUCAGCAUUACGUCUUUCGGAUUCGUCGUCCGGAUAAAAGUAGGAAGAUCCUUCAAUCUUAUGCCCUGCAUCCCUGGAAUCCAAUCUAUCACUCUAUCUAAAUACCCAUUUGUCAAAUCCUCCUCUCCUUCAAAGUCAAUAUCAAAUAUAUAUGUCAACAAAACAUGUCAAAAUGCAAGUAAAAAACUGUCAAUAAAAUUUGACCCAGAAAUGAGAAAAAACCAAUCAUCUUUUUUUUUUGGGUUUGGUUCAUUUGAAAGGUACAAGAUUUUACCUUUCAGUGGUGUGAAGCCUUUUUCAACGAGUUUACGAUAAAAAGCGUAGCUGAGAAAGCCACAAGCACUAGGAGUCCAAAACAGAACAUUUGGGACGCCGAGUUCUUCCGCCACAGUUAGAGUAAAGCUCAUGACCCCAUCGGAAACUAUGCAGCUCACCGGAGGAAUGCCGUUAGAGGACGAGGAAUUGAGUUGCUGAAUCAGUUUUCUAAACGGGGCUAAGCAAUUUUUGGGUAUAGAUUCACAGAGCUUCCAAGCAUCUUGUGCAACUUCUUCGUCGACAAGGGGAAGACCAUCGGGGAUGGCGGCGAAUUGGAAUGACGGGUGGCCUUCAAGGGCGGCGGGGCCAUGGGAACGGAGGAGCCACCGCCGGUUGUAUUCGGUGUUGACGAAGGUGAUGUGGAAUCCUCUGGCGUAAAGGAACUUUGCGAUUUUGAGGAAGGGGAAAAGAUGGCCCUGAGAUGGGUUCGGAACAAUGACGGCAUGGGGCUUCUGGUUAUGCUUCCGGGCUGAUUCCAUUGUUUCCGUUGAAGUUUCGAGAACUGAGGAAUUCUUGAUGACGAAUGGUUUUGGUGCAAUGCAACAAUGAUUGGGCCUUCUACUCACUGCAUUAUUGGAAUGGACUAUUUGAUUGAAGUUAACAAAAUAGGGGGCAAAAUUGCUAGCCUGAUUAUUACUCCAUAAUCACAUUGUGUUAUGUGUGUCGAAUGUUGAUUACCUCCUAAUUAACCUGACCCGAAUCACAAUGUCGGACUCCUACCGCCGGCCACCUAGAGCCUCCGCCACUGUCCUCCUGGCCCACCAGAAAAGCUGUCGGGAAAGCUUGUUCAGUUUUUCUCUCUGUUUUUGUGUUGGAAAAAACGUGCAUUAAUGCUACAGUUAGCUCUUUCACAUCCCACUUCCGAUUGUCCCAUCAUCGCAUUAUUAUAUCUCAAUUAGUUUUGGUUCUAAUCUAUUCUGAUGUUUUGGCGGGAAAGUUGUAAUGUGGUCUGUAAAUUGUGAGAGUGAAACAGUUGAAAAAGGAUGAAGUUUUGCAGGGAAUGCUGACUGCCCAAAGGCCAAAAAAUGGUGACUGAAUAUUGACAAAAAUCAUAACGCCAACUAACCAACAACAUAUUGAAUGCUCCCCGAAGACUUGGCAUCUCUGAAGACCACAAGGGUGUCUCUACCAGGAAGUCAAACAAUUCUGCAAGACUCGGUCUCCAUGGCCAAAGAAGAAGUAAAAAGCAAGAAGAAUCACGUCAACUUUGAUGACAUUAAUUUAUCAGUCUCUCUAAGUAUUUGCACUUUGUCGACGUACACAGGUCCAAACUUCAUUCUCUUUUCUCAAGUUUUCAUCCUUUGUUGGGAUUUUCAAAAAAUUUUGAAUAACCCUUUCCUCCUCUGAUCCCAUGCAUAAAGUUACAGCUUUUACUGUGAAAAUUCUCUAAGUCUAGCUUAUUAUUCAACUGGGGGGUAUUGAUAUCUCAGAAUUAUUAUUGAACUGAUAGAUUCUUAGGAUGCUGGAAUCAAGAAUUUCAUUUCGUGGUGUGAGUAUGAUUGUGGGAUUUUUCUGGCUUCUGUUUCUGGUUGGAAUAGGCGGCCAGGUUACAGAUCCUGUAGAAGCCAAAGCGUUGCGUGCUCUCAAGCAAAAUUUGAUAGAUCUAAGUGGUGUUCUCAGCGGCUGGAGCAGUGGUGAUCCGUGUGCUUCUAGUUGGAAAGGAGUUGUGUGCUUUGAUAGACCUGUUAUUAAUGGCCAUCUUCAUGUCAGUGAAUUGCACCUACUGAACAUGAAUCUGUCUGGAAGCUUGCCCCCAGAGCUCAGUGAUUUAGCUUACCUGAGAAUAUUGGAUGUCAUGUGGAACUACAUUACUGGACACAUACCAAAGGAGAUAGGGCGAAUGACUAACUUGGAAAUGCUACUCCUGAGUGGAAAUAAACUAACUGGUUCCUUGCCAGAAGAGAUUGGUAAUCUUGAAAACUUGGUAAGGUUACAGAUCGACCAGAACCAAAUAUCUGGAGCAAUACCUAAGUCAUUCUCGAACUUGAAGAAUGCAAAACACAUCCACUUGAAUAAUAACACCCUUACUGGGCAAAUCCCACCUGAGCUGUCUGGACUUCCAAAUCUUCUCCAUCUGUUUCUUGACAAUAACAAUUUGUCAGGGUAUCUUCCGCCGGAGCUGUCUUUACUCACCAGUUUACUCACACUUCAAGUUGAUAAUAAUAAUUUCAGUGGGACUUCGAUACCAGAUAGUUACAAGAAUCUAACCCGAAUAUUGAAACUGAGUUUCAGGAAUUGCGGGUUGACAGGGCCGAUCCCAGACCUGAGCGAUAUGGUUAACCUUUUGUUUAUCGAUUUCAGCUUCAAUGAGCUCAGCGGAUCCAUACCACAGGGUCAUAUCUCUAGAAAUAUCACAACUAUUGUUUUAUCAUACAACAAGCUUAACGGGUCAAUUCCAGCAAACUUUUCUAGCCUUCCAUACUUGCAGAGAUUGUUGCUUGCAAACAAUUCGUUUAGUGGUUUAGUUCCUUCAUUCAUUCGGUCAAAUACUACUUCGUCUGAUCCUGAAACACUUAUUAUCGAUUUGCAGAACAAUAGGUUGUCAGAUAUCACGAGCAAAUUUGUGCUCCAUCCAAAUUUCACUUUAAGGCUUCAAGGAAACCCAGUUUGCAAAUACCCCAACCUAACUAAGAUCUGUUCAACCCAAGGCGAAGAUUACAGUUCUAUCUCGAAAAAGAAAUCCAGUAAUUUUUGUCCUCCUCAAGCAUGUCCAUCUCCUUAUGAGUUUGCACCAGGAUCCUCGGUCUCUUGCUAUUGUGCUUUACCUCUCCUUGUUGGUUAUCGAUUGAAGAGUCCUGGAUUCUUGGAUUUCACACCUUAUAUGGAUCAGUUUGAGGUGUAUCUGAGCUCAAAUUUGCAAGUACAAAGUUUUCAGCUUGAUAUUGACUCUGCUGCAUGGCAAGCAGGCCCUCGCUUGAGGAUGUACUUGAAGAUUUUUCCAGUAUAUGAUAAUGUCUACUUCUCCAUAUUCAGUAAGAGCGACGUGCUACGAAUUCAGACAAUGUUCCAAUCUUGGGAGAUUCCUGAGGCUGACAUUUUUGGUCCACCUGAACUUUUAAACUUGACUCUAUCAGGGCCUUAUAAUGAAGUAAUUUCUCCUUCAGGUUCUGGUUUAAGUAAGAUUGCACGAGCUGGGAUUAUUUCAGGGGCUGUAGUCACUGCAGCUCUAGUGUGUGCUUUGAUGGCAUGGCUUGUUUUCAGAUUCUAUCGUAGGAAACAUCAUGCAGCUUCAAAAGUGCCAAAGACUUGCAUCAAAAUUGAUGGUGUGAAAGAUUUUACUUACCAAGAAAUGAUACUUGCUACCAAGAACUUUGAUGGCUCUAGCCAAGUAGGACAAGGUGGUUAUGGAAAAGUCUAUAAAGGUGUUCUAAAUGAUGGAACGAUUGUUGCAAUUAAGCGUGCUCAAGUGGGAUCACUGCAAGGCGAAAGAGAAUUUCUAACAGAAAUUGAGCUGCUGUCGAGGCUACAUCAUAAAAACUUGGUCUCGCUAAUUGGAUAUUGUGCCGAGGAAGGGGAACAGAUGUUGGUGUAUGAGUUCAUGCCAAAUGGUACCUUGAGAGAUCACCUUUCUGGGAAGUAUGAAGAACCUCUUAGUUUUGCUUUAAGAUUGAGAGUUGCAUUAGGUUCAGCCAAGGGUGUCCUUUACCUACAUACAGAAGCUAAUCCGCCAAUAUUUCAUCGAGAUAUAAAAGCAAGCAACAUCCUCUUGGACUCUGAUUUGACGGCCAAGGUUGCAGACUUCGGACUUUCGCGGCUUGCUCCAAUUCCUGACACUGAAGGAUUUGUCCCUGCUUAUGUAUCUACAGUUGUCAAGGGAACUCCAGGAUACCUUGAUCCAGCCUAUUUCCUAACCCAUCAACUUACAGACAAAAGUGAUGUUUAUAGCCUUGGUGUCGUGUUUCUGGAGAUAUUAACAGGAAUGCCAGCAAUAAUACACGGCAAAAACCUUGUCAAGGAGGUACAUGUCGCAUGUUCGUCUGAUAUGAUGUUGGAAAUCAUCGAUAAAAGUAUGGAUUCUUAUCUGCCCAAUUGUGUGGAGAAGUUCAUGACUCUUGCUCUCAAAUGCUGUGAAGAAGAGACAAAUGCUCGUCCUUCGAUGGCUGAAGUUGUCAGAGAACUUGAAGAUAUAUGGGCACUUAUGCCAGAAUCAGAAGCCAAGCCACUUGAAUCCUCGUCAGUGAGCCCUGUUGUAUAUUUAGCUUCUUCUCCAAUGACUAUGAGAAACCCUUACAACUUGUCUGAUGAUUUCAACUGCAGAUACCCUGGUAGUGAAAGUAUUUCCACACUUACUCCUAGGUGAUCAUUUUUGUUUCCUUCUCUUAGAGUCUAACUCUCAACAUUCUUUAGUAACUAACAGACUGCAUUAGUAGUUCUUGCAUUUUCCCACUGAACAUUAAACCUGCUCAAGAUUGUACCUUAUGGAGCUCGUUUUAGACAUGAAGAUUUAACGUCCAUGGUUUGCUCUCUUAUACUAAUAUUUUGUGUAACUUCUACUAUUAGCUUGCUCUUUCAGAUCAAUGCUGUCUUCACAUUAGGCAAAUAGAAACACAUUUUCGCUUUUUU